AUGAUACACGAUGAUAACAUUCCACUUGAGAUCAUCUGGUAUAUUGAUAGCUAUGUAGCAAAACUGCAACUAUGUAAAGUGAUCGACGUACCCACAGUAAACUCGCUUCUUGCAUCAAUAUUAACAAUGUCAGAUUGCUUGACAAAUUUGGAUAAGAUCUUAACAACCCCAAUCCCAUAUGGAUACAUCGUACAUUUGAAAUUAGUUAUAUGGGGUUACCUCAUCUUCUUACCUUUUCAACUUGUGAAUACAUUUGGUCUUUGUACAAUUCCAGCUACUGCUCUUGUUGCAAUUGCAUUUUUAGGUUUUAUGAGGGUAGGUCAAGAAAUUGAGAAUCCAUUUGGAUAUUAUUUGAAUGAUUUGGAUAUGGAUUAUUUCUGUCACCAUCUCAUUGCUCCUGAGCUUGCAAAAAUUACAGCUUGGCCACCACCUGAUCCUUCCGAGUUCAUAUUUUCUCCUUCCAACAUUCCUUUGCUUGAUAAUCGUGAUUUACGCUCUGGUGUGGAUCUCCUGAAUUCAGGUUUAUCAGCUGAUCAGCUUCAGAGAUUGUUGAUCACUCGUCGAUCAUCAAUGAGUCCUAUUGGUACAGUCUAA